CUCCUGGAACCUGAUCCAGUCUCACCCUAGUAGGGACUGGGACAAAAACGAUAACUGAGCUGGUCUCCCGACUGGACCAGGACCUGAGCUGGUCUGCAGACUAGACUAGGACCUAAGCAGGUCUCCAGACUGGACCAGGACCUGAGCUGGUCUACCGACUUGACCAGGAUCUGAGCUGGUCUCCUGAGUCGACCAGGACCUGAGCUGGUCUCCAGUAGCAGGUCCUCCGGUCCAGCGAUGGCGGACCCCCGCCUCGAGGGGCGGGAGCGGUUUGUGGCCAGGGUCUCCAACGUCUACCUCAGCAUCCUGGCUCUGUUCUGCUUCAAGCUCUUCAUCAAGAUCUCCCUGAACCUGCUCACCUACUUCUACAUCAUCAGGGGCAACCGCGAGGAGGCCGCCCGGAUAUCAGCCCAGUACUACGAGAAGAACUGUUACAAUAUCUGGGACGACCGGUCUCCUCUGCACGACGCAGCCUCUCAGGGUCGCCUCGGGGUCCUAAAGACCCUCCUGUCCCAGGGUCACGAGGUCGACGCCCUCACCAUCCACCAGACGACCCCGCUCCAUGAGGCCUGCCUGGGGGGGCACGGAGCAUGCGCUAGGGCACUACUCGACGCUGGGGCUAACGUGAACAGCCGAACUUUGGAGGGGAGCACCCCCCUGUUCUACGCCUGUGCGGUGGGCAGUAUGCCGUGUGCAGAGGUCCUGCUGCAGCGGGGGGCCCGGCCCGGGGGACCCCUGCACCUACCCUCCCCGCUCCACGAGGCCUCCAGCAGAGGUCACGCCGGCUGUGUGGAGGUCCUGCUGACCUGGGGGGCUGACGUGGACCAGGUCCUCCCCGGCCAGGGAACUGCCCUCUACUCGGCCUGCCUUAGCCAGGAGCUGCUCUGUGUCCAACAGCUCCUCAGAGACGGUGCUGACGUCCAGAGGGGGAGGGGCCUGGACUCCCCUCUCCACGCCGCGGCCCAGACAGGCCACGCCCCCAUCACCAGGCUGUUGCUGGAGUUUGACGCCAACGUCCAGGCCCUCAAUGCGGAGCACCAGAGAGCGGUAGAGCUGGCGCCCCCUGGAGGCUCCACGGAGACCCUGCUGCUGGCCCACGAGGUGACCCCUACCUCCCUGAGCCGGAAGUGUCGUCAGGUCGUCCGCUGCAGCGUCGGCCACUCCAGGCUCCACCUCCUGCCACUCCUCCCCCUCCCCGCCCCGCUCACGCGCUACCUGCUCCACCGAUGACGUCAAGUCCAGUUCAACAUGGUCUUCUGUGAUAUAUUAUAGGAUUACAAACGUGCAUAUAAAUUAUGUUUAGCCCUGAACAAAAAUGUAAUUAAUUAAUAAAUAUGAUAUAUGAACUAACAGUGUUUGGUAUUUAAUCACUAAUAGCAUUAGGGUAGAUAAUGUAAUCCAAAGAGGAUUAACGGUUCAUUGAGAGAAUGCUGGUCACGUUGUAUUUUCUAGGGAGGAUGAUAAUUAUUUAACCCCAAUUUUUUUUAAUUCAUGAAUGGUAGUGAUUAAACGGAUGUGUGUUAUCUUAAACUGGACACUUAAUAUGAGUGAAUGAAUGAUUGCUGUAGAGAGUAGAGGCUCUGCCUUGCUAUUGACCACAGGCUGUCGAGUAGGCGCUGCCUUUCUAUUGACGUAAUACCCGGGCUGACCAGAGAGUGUCACUAUAGUUGCUGUUUUCCUUGUAGUCUGGAUCCCAACGCAGGUUUUUUAUUUUUUAUUUAUUCAUUUAAUUUUAUCAGAAAAUGUCUUACACAUACACAUCCACGUUGUUUUCAAGGAUGCAUCCCAGGUAUUUUACUGAUGUUUUUGCACUGACCACAAUUUUAUUCAAAUUUACUUUACAUGUAUUUUGAGCCAAAUAAGGUCUAGAACCCAUGCAGGGUCUUGAACCCAACACAAGGUAUAGAACACAACACAGGGUCUGGGAAAAAUCUGGGCCUAGAACACAACGCAGGGUCUGGAACAACGCAGGGUCUGGGAAAAUGCAGGGCCUAGAACAAAACGCACACUGUAAAAAAUAAUAAGUUGGGCAAACUCAAAAUUGCAAGGCAACUUACUGCAAUCAGUUUUUGAGUUUUGAGCCCAUCAAAAAAGUGAUUUUCUUCUUUAGACAAACUUGAAAGUUAGAGUUAUACCAACUAAGAUUUUUAUAUUUUACAAACUCAAAAAAAUAAGUCAGGGGUGUUA